UUAUCCUUACAGGUCAUCAAAUGCCGUGCUGCGGUGGUAUGGGAGGUAAACCAACGAUUUUCAAUUGAAGAGAUUGAAGUCGAUCCGCCAAAAGCACAUGAAGUUCGAGUUAAAAUGGUAUCGACUGGACUGUGUCACUCAGAUUUGUCAGUCAAAAACGGUGUCAUGGAAUUUUCCAACAAAUUCCCACAAGUUCCAGGACAUGAAGGCGCUGGAAUUGUUGAAAGCGUUGGCGAAAAAGUAACAAAAUUCAAACCGGGCGAUCAUGUCAUUCCCUUAUAUGCGGGACAGUGCCUGAAAUGCGAUUUUUGCAAGAGUGGAAAAACUAACACCUGUGAAGUCUCCAUAAAAAUGCAAGAAGGCACCGCUAUGAUCGAUGGAACCAGUCGAUUGAGAUGUAAAGGAAAAAUGCUCUAUCAAUUUAUGUCCUGUGGCACGUUCUCCGAGUACACUGUGGUUGAGGAUAUAGCCCUUGCAAAGAUAAGCAAUAAAGCGCCACUCGAAAAAGUUUGCUUGAUUGGAUGCGGUAUACCCACUGGUUAUGGGGCAGCAGUAAAUGCAGCUAAGGUAAAACCUGGCAGCAAAUGUGCCGUUUGGGGACUUGGUGGAAUUGGUUUGGCAGCUGUAAUGGGAUGUAAGAAAGCAGGAGCCUCAGAAGUUUGGGGAAUUGAUAUAAAUCCAGCCAAGUUUGAUCUGGCUCGCAAAUUCGGCUGCACUCAUUUUGCCAAUCCAAACGACUACAAAGGAAGGAAGUUCGCUGAUGUCUUACUUGAACUGACAAAGGGUGGAUUUGAUUACACUUUUGAGUGUGCAGGACAAAUUGCAACAAUGAGGCAGGCAGUCGAUUCCUCUCAUCGAGCAUGGGGACGAACAACAUUAGUUGGAAUUGCAACUUUCAGCCAGGAUUUGAACGUCUUCCCAUUCGACUUGAUAUGCGGAAGGAGUAUCGGUGGAACCUUCUUUGGAAGUUACCAAGCAGUGGAGUCUGUACCAAAACUUGUUGAUGAGUAUUUGAACAACGAACUUAUGGUUGACGAUUUCAUAACACAUACCUUCAAGCUGGAACAAAUUAACGAAGGAUUUGAUUUGAUGAUAAAGGGAGGAUGUCUUAGGAGUAUUGUUAUUUUCUAAAGCGGUCGGUACUUCUCGAAAUCUGUAUAAUAUGUUUAAUCCAAAUCUCUAAUCUCAAGCAAUGGGAUUUAUUGAAUAAAUUAAACCAUUUAUAAUCAA